GAAGGAACUCGCCUGCAGGACUGGGUGGACAAAAGCGUGCAGUUCACUUCAAUAACAACAACGCCCCUGCCGCGGCUGCCCCCCAGCAGCAGCAGCAGCAGCAGCAGCAGCAGCAGCAGCAGCAGCAGCAGCAGCAGCAGCAGCAGAGGCAGCACUUUGUUUGUGGUUUCUAAAGACGCUUUCAUUCGGGAGGUUUGCGACUCCCAAACCCUCGCAGCUGUCAAUACACUCGAGCCGCAAACUGUCAUAACCACCAAUGCAGCAGCAGCAGCAGCAACAGCAGCAGCAGCAGCAGCAGCAGCAGCAACAGCAAUCUUCACAGCUUCCGAAAGGGGAGAAAUCCGCUGCUACAAAAUCCCCCUCAGUGGCGAGUACAACAGAUACAUCGCGCACGCAGUGACGGGUUUGCGCGUAGCAGCAAACGGCUCGAUCUUGCUGAGCGCGGGUGCGGACGGGUCUUUGUGCGUUUGGGAAAUAAAAGACAGCGAGCGAUCUGCUGCUGCUGCUGCUGCUGCUGCUGCUGCUGCUGCUGCUGCUGCGGGAGCAGCAGCAGCAGCAGCAGCAGCAGGAGAACGCGGCGAAGUGCUGGUUGACUGCGAACUCUUGGCGGAAAAAGAAAAACAAUUCACAGAAGCUCAAAGACAAAUCGAAGAUUUAAAUAAUCAAAUUGAUUUCCAACAAAGAAAGUUUUUGCUGCAGCACGAACAAACGCUGCAGCAACUCGAAGCCAAGUGCAACGCGGAGUUGGCAGCAGAACAGUAA